UUUGCAGCAGCUCCGAUCAAUUGACACUCUUGUAAAUAUUUAUAUUUCCAUCCGGAGCGACACGCCCCGUUAUGACCUGCAGAUUCCGUAGCGAAUGGAGUAAUUAAAGUCCUUCAAAUGAAAUAAUAACGGAACAAUGUCGAAUCAAUCAAUAACAAUGGAGCGCGCCGUGAAGACAAUGCUCUUGUGGUUUAUUGUUUUCUUCGCCUUUACGAGAUCCUCUGAAGCUGUUGAGGGCAAUCCGAUGUAUUAUAAAAUUGGAGGAGUAUUGUCCAACAAUGCCAGUCAGAAUCACUUCAAGAAGACAUUGGAUAAUCUUAAUUUUGAUCUGCAAUACGUCAACAAGGGUGUUGUCUUCUACAGCGUGGUCAUUGGAAUGGACUCGAAUCCUAUCAGAACAGCUCUGAGUGUCUGCAAGUCCCUGAUUGUUGAAAGAGUUUAUGCGGUUGUCGUAUCGCACCCAUUGACUGGAGAUCUUUCUCCAGCUGCUGUAUCGUACACCAGCGGAUUCUAUCAUAUUCCCGUAAUUGGAAUUUCUUCCCGCGACUCGGCAUUUUCGGAUAAAAAUAUUCACGUAUCCUUUCUGCGGACAGUACCACCGUACUCUCAUCAAGCAGACGUUUGGGUGGAGUUGCUCAAGCACUUCAGCUACAUGAAAGUCAUCUUUAUUCAUUCGUCGGACACAGACGGACGAGCUCUUCUUGGCCGCUUUCAGACCACAUCCCAGAGCCUCGAGGACGACGUAGAGAUCAAAGUACAUGUGGAAUCUGUCAUUGAGUUCGAGCCAGGCUUGGACAAUUUUUCCCAGCAGCUGAUGGAGACUAAAAAUGCACAGGCCAGGGUGGUCCUCAUGUAUGCUAGUGAAAAAGAUGCUGAAAUAAUUUUCAAAGAAGCAGCAGCAUUGAACAUGACAGGAGCUGGAUACGUAUGGAUCGUAACAGAACAAGCUCUCGACGCUCCCAAUGCUCCUGAGGGACUUUUAGGACUGAAAUUGAUUAAUUCCACGGAUGAGCGGGCCCAUCUUAAAGACAGCCUAUACGUGUUAGUCUCAGCACUGCGGGAAAUGAAUCUCACGAAAACAAUUACGCAAGCUCCAAAAGAUUGUGAUAAGUCUGGAUCCAUUUGGGAGACUGGAAAGGAAUUAUUUGGAUUUAUUCGUAAACAAGUUUUGGAAAGGGGUGAGACGGGCCGAGUGGCUUUCGAUGAUAAUGGCGAUCGUAUUUAUGCAGAAUACGAUAUAAUUAACGUAAGAGAACAUGGGGAGCAAAUAUCGGUUGGCCAAUAUUUUUAUUCGUCGGACACUCAAAGGAUGAGACUAAGUGUAAACGAGACUUCAAUAACGUGGCCAGGCCGUUUGAAAUCCAAGCCCGAGGGUUUUAUGAUCCCGACGCAUCUCAAAGUCCUAACGAUCGAAGAAAAACCAUUUGUUUAUGUUCGCGCCACCGACAGUACAGACUGCCUCCUGGAUGAGAUCCCCUGCCCUCAUUUCAAUACCUCAGAACACGACGUAACCCGUCUGUACUGCUGCAAGGGCUACUGCAUAGAUCUCUUGAAAGAACUCUCUAAAACGAUCAAUUUCACCUACAGUCUGGCUUUAUCACCAGAUGGACAAUUUGGAAGUUACAUGAUAAAAGAUAGUAGCUCUGGUGGGAAAAAAGAGUGGACAGGAUUGAUAGGUGAGCUGGUGAACGAACGAGCGGAUAUGAUUGUCGCUCCUUUGACCAUUAGUCCAGAACGGGCGGAGUUUAUUGAGUUCAGUAAACCCUUCAAGUACCAGGGCAUCACCAUCUUAGAGAAAAAACCUUCUAGAUCGUCAACAUUGGUAUCUUUCCUUCAACCAUUCAGCAACACACUCUGGUUCCUGGUGAUGGUGUCGGUGCACGUGGUGGCGCUUGUCCUGUACCUCCUUGACCGGUUCUCACCAUUCGGGAGGUUCAGGCUGGCUAACACUGACAGUACCGAGGAAGACGCGCUCAAUCUCUCCAGCGCUAUUUGGUUUGCUUGGGGCGUUUUACUCAACAGUGGAAUUGGAGAAGGUACACCAAGAAGUUUCUCAGCAAGAGUUCUUGGAAUGGUCUGGGCUGGAUUUGCAAUGAUUAUUGUUGCAUCGUAUACUGCCAACUUGGCAGCUUUCCUCGUGUUGGAAAGGCCGAAGACAAAACUAUCGGGGAUUAAUGACGCAAGGCUGCGAAAUACGAUGGAAAAUUUGACCUGCGCAACGGUGAAGGGUUCAGCCGUUGACAUGUAUUUCAGAAGGCAAGUGGAAUUAUCGAACAUGUAUCGAACAAUGGAGGCAAAUAAUUACGACACUGCUGAGGAUGCGAUACAGGACGUGAAAAUUGGAAAGUUAAUGGCAUUCAUCUGGGAUAGUUCGAGACUCGAAUUUGAAGCAGCUAAGGAUUGCGAGCUAGUCACUGCUGGAGAACUCUUCGGGAGAUCGGGUUAUGGGAUAGGAUUGCAGAAAGGCUCUCCCUGGGCUGAUGCUGUCACUCUCGCCAUCCUCGACUUUCAUGAGAGUGGAUUCAUGGAAACUCUCGACAAAAAUUGGAUCCUUCAACGAAAUUUACAGCAGUGCGAGCAAUUCGAGAAAGCUCCAAACACCCUAGGCCUCAAGAACAUGGCAGGUGUCUUCAUACUUGUGGGCGUAGGCAUAAUCGGUGGUAUAGGCUUAAUAAUAAUUGAGGUGGUAUACAAGAAACACCAGAUAAAGAAGCAAAAACGAUUGGAACUGGCAAGACACGCAGCGGAAAAAUGGCGUGGCGCAAUAGAGAGACGAAAGACAGUGCGAGCUUCGAUGCCAGCGGCACAACGAAGAAUUCAGAAUGGCUUAAACGAUCCUGCCACUGUUAGUCUCGCAGUCGAUGCUGUUGCAAGAUCUGGAAUAUCUUCAAGGAGCCCUGGAAGGGCUUGGCCGGGGGACAGUGAUAUCAGACAGCGUUCCUCAUCUCGGCAAGACGACUCCAUGCGACUCUCCCCAGCCGCCUACACAGUCGAUGUAUCACAUCUCAUUGUUUAGACACAUAAGAUUAAUUUAUUGUUCGUAAUGAUAAUUUGUGUCUACAGAGAUGAUAUUAUGCACUAAGAAAUUUCGAAAACUUAAGAAUUAAGGUGACGGUAUUUAAAUAUUAAUAUCGGAAUAAUUAUUCCGAUAAAAAUGGAAUGAUUUAUUUGAACAGAAUUCGAUUUUUUUUUGGAAUAGGAAUGAUUAAAAAAUCUCAUUCACAACGGGAGAUUAAGAUGAAAUCAGGUUCAUAUGAUUAGAAAAUAUUGUAUAUUUAUUGUCUACUGUCAAUACCGUUACCUUAAGUGUUAAAUAGUUGUUAAAUAAUUUUUGUUAUAUGAUACAAAUAUAAACAACGUGAUCAAUAAGUCAAACAAUUGUCCAUGCGAAAUCUUUGAAUUUAUUGUUAUAGAUGUAUAACAGCCAACUUGGAGAAACUGCCGAUGAUAUUGAGAAGAAUAAACAAUUUGUGUUGAUUAAAA